AUGGAGAAGAAAAAGAUAACUUGUGGCAAAUCUGUUGAACAACAACAAGCAGAACUUGAGUUUUACUUACCCGAAGAGUGCUGGGAGCAUGUAUUGACAUUCCUCAUCAAUUCGGUCAAGCAGUUCGAUAUCACCAAGCCGGCCAACCCGUUCCAUGUCUUCCCAUUCCCCACUGAUUCGCUCGACUGCAAAAUCAAAGACAAUUUUGAAUCUCUAUCUCUCGUCUCAAAACACUUCCUCGCCCUCGCCAACCGUCUCAUAUUCUCUAUCAGAAUUAAUCAUCUACACUUUUGUCAUCUCCCUCUUUUCUUUCAUAGAUUCUCCAACCUUAAUUCCCUUCACCUCUCCUUCGACUCCUCCCAUGAUCUUGACUAUGCAGCCAUUGCUUUGACUCUCUGUGACAUAUCAACAUUGAAAUCUUUAUAUAUUUUUUGGAUUGACUUAAACGAUGCAAACUAUAUUACUUCCCAUUACAUUGAUUCCUUCCUAAGUUUCAAUGGUUUGAAUUCUCUUAAGUUUGAGUCUUCUCAAAUAUCUUAUUAUUUGCUUUCCUCUAUUGCAACAGAAGCUCUUCCUUUCAAGAAUUUUGUUCUUCAAAAUUGUACCGGCUAUAGUUUUCAAGGAAUUUAUAGUUUCUUAUCUAAGUGCAGUGGGAUAAAACAUUUGGGUAUUCAAGGUGAUGAUUUUCUAACUAAUCAUCAUGUUUUUCGGUUGUUUUUGCUUCUUCCUGAUUUGACAUCGGUAAAUCUUAGUAAAUGUUCCAAGCUCAGACCAUCAGUUUUGUUUGCACUCGUUAAGAACUGUCGUUCACUUGGUGAGAUCACAAUGAGAUGCAUAUAUAUGGAUGAUUUCGAGAGUGUAGAAAAUUAUGAUAUUUUUAUAGAUUUUGAUGUGAACCCUCAAUUCAAGUUUCUAGAUUUGGCUAACAAUUACUUUAUUGACGACGAGACCAUUAUAUUGUUUGCUUCCGUUUUCCCCAAUUUACAACUUCUCGAUUUAAGUUACUGCCCUAACAUAUUUAAAAAAGAAAAGGGAGUGAUGAGCGUGAUUGAAAACUGCACACAAUUGGAGACAAUCGAUUUGUCAAGCUGUGUUAAAGUGAAUGCUGAUGUUGUUGUCUCAAUGCUUUCAUCAAGGCGAUCUUUCGAAAAUUAUGGUGGUUCUUUUUAUUUUGAGACAUAA